AUGUCGGCUAUCACUCCUCGACCGAACGGCAGUCCUCACAAUCCUGGCCAGAAGCUGCCAGAGAAAUUCCGCUGUAAGACCGGCGGCGAGUGGAAGCCCUUGUCGAGCUUUUCCAACAAGCAGCAGAAGCUCGUCCUGGACAAGCUGGGCCGCCGUGUCCGUAUCGACGCCGCGAAUACGGGCAUGAAUUGCCGGUUUCACUCGGGAGAGCCUGUCAAAGAGUUACAGUGCGAGGGCCCUUGCAGCCAGAUCCUAGUUCUUGACCAGUUCUCCAAGAACAACAGGACCAACGGUGUGAAUAUCUGCAAGGCGUGCCAGCAUUGGAUAAAUACUCAAGAGCCUGGCUACGCCCCCUGGGCCGGGCCGCAUACCGACCUGGACCCCAUCGAGCAGAUGGGGGAUUUCGAGGCCCGCAUGCCUGCUGAGCCCUCUGACAUCGUUGAAUUUCAUGAUAACCGACCUCUUGCCCCCAUAACAGGAACCGAUGGACUCACUGCAUUGGACAACGACGAGACGGGUCUCCCUUCUCUUGGAAUGGCUGGCCUCCAUAUCGGCCAUGCCAGAAGGGGCCUCUUCGCCCCACGUCUCGACACGAAAAGCAUUUCCACUCCGCAAACGACGGAGUCCGUCUCGAGCCAAGCAAUGACCGAGAGCAUGGGAGCCACGGAGUGGUGGUUCACCCAAAGUGGCCUCGCUCGUGACCAAACAGGUGGCCGAGUAAUCUACAAUGCAUGGGAUUCCACUGGUCAAAAGCAUGAGCUGUGCAAGACCCCCACGGUCCAGUCUGAACAGUCGUCAAUGAUGAACAGCAUAGCCGAAGCCUCAAACAGUCGGUCCCCGAAUGCCACAGACAUUCGUUCCCAGAAGACCGCCAUCGCCAAAACUCCUACCACUGGCGGCGGAACUUGGGCCGGAAAUCGACAAGCUGAUAGAAAGCAGCUUUCCGAAAAGGAGCAUCGCGAGCUGCAGCGCAACAUGCCGCAGAGACAGGCCAUUGUUCCUUACGGCGACUACAGCGACGACAGCGACGAUGACGAGUAA